AUGGUCCAAUCUGCUGUUUUUAUUCGCACAAUUGCUCCCAAUGAAACUAGGUAUGCUGAGCAGGGAUGCAAUGUCAUCAAUAACGCCUAUCGUUCAGCAGGCGGUUGGACAUCCGAGAAGGAUCUAGUGAGAGAGCCUCGUGUGUCUGUACAAGAUGUAGAGAAACUCAUCAUCAACUCUGGUAACCCCAACACACUACUGUUUGCAUUUGAAGAGGAUCAAGUGGUAGGCACAGCAGUAUUGCAACCAUCAUUAGUGGAUGCUGGAGAGGCUGAAAUUGCUCUGUAUUGUGUCAGUGUCAGCCAUCAAUCUCGAGGCAUUGGUGCCAAGCUCUUACUGCACUCUAUGGAUGAGGUAAAGCGUCUUGGGCAUCACACAGCUUACUUGAAAGUGUUGGAGAAUAGGCCAGAGGUGCUGGCUUUCUAUGCCAAGCAUGGGUUCACUGACUCUGGAGAACGCAUCCCUUAUCAUUGGCCUGAAAGAUUGAUGGUAGACACUCAAUUUGCGAUUUUGAAGAAACGGCUUUGA